AUAAUUAAGAACUAAGGAAGACAUUUUCACUUCUCUCAUUGACUUCUAAAAACCCAAACCUCUACCUGGUAUGCUUGGUCGGUUUAUAGCGCGCGUUCCUGGAAGUCUCGCGAUGUUGUGGCUCUGGUUUUAGAAACUCUGUGGUAACAGUUUUUGAAAUAUGCCACCAGUCAACUUCCAAUACUUUUCAACUGUCAGCUUUAACAGCAGUGAUAAUAGGAGGAGUUCGGAGGGAGGAAAGGGAGUGAGUUACUCAACUUCUUCCCUGUUUUAUCUCCCCGCAGUGUGGAAGAGCGCAGGCAAAGAGGUAGGUUUAGCAGACACAGACAGGUCGGACUUGAGUAGUGUGGAGUUCCUGGGCGUUUUGAUCGGAUAGGGUGGAGUCCCAACGGGAGAAAGGAAUGUAAUACACAGACGAGCCGAGGAACACUAGUGGCAGUACCGCGGAAGGAUAUACGGCCAUACACCGCGGUUCUAGCAAAAAAAGACAAGGUAGUCUACAGGUUGAUGCCCACUUGAGGGUUUGAGUCCCUUCCCCCUAACCCCGACCCCAUCAUGGCCCACCGGUCCCAGAGUUCGGACAUCGGGGACAACCCCCUGGACCCUAACUUCCUGCCCCCCCACUACAGAGAAGAAUACCGUCUCGCCAUUGAUGCUCUGGUGGAGACAGACCUACAGGGCUACUAUGAAUUUAUUCAGAAAGCAGAUGUGGUCAACUUUCUCUGUCAACCGGAAAUCGAACACAUCAAGACCACGAUCCAGACACCCAACCAGGCCCCGACCUCGAACAUACCGGAGCUGCCCUAUCAUGAGGCAGACGCCGACGGCUCGUCUGACACCUACUGGCCGAUGCACUCUGACACAGCAGCCCCGGGGUUGGACCUGGGCUGGCCCCUCCAGGCACACAGCUUUAUCGGCCCCACCGAGGUCACGACCCUGGUCAACCCCAGCGAGCCCGACAUGCCAAGCAUCAAGGAGCAGGCCAGACGACUCAUCAAGAAUGCACAGCACGUCAUCGCUGUGGUGAUGGACAUGUUUACAGACGUGGAUCUGUUUUCUGACUUGCUGGAUGCCGCGUCGCGUCAAGUCCCCGUAUACAUUCUAUUGGACGAACAGAAUGCCCAUCACUUCGUCUCCAUGGUGAUCAACUGUAAGGUCAACUUGGACCUUGUCCACAUGAUGCGUGUGCGGACGGUGGCGGGAGUGACCUAUUUCUGUCGGACAGGGAAGUCAUUUAAAGGACAGGUGAAAAACCGCUUUCUAUUGGCUGACUGCAGGGCCGUGCUCAGUGGAAACUACAGUUUCAUGUGGUCCUAUGAGAAGCUGCAUCGCUGCAUCGCUCAUCUCUUCCUGGGAGAACUGGUCACCACCUUUGACGAGGAGUUCCGCAUCCUGUUCGCUCAAUCACAGCCCCUCACUGUUGACCACGCCCUAGUGCCUUUCUCCUCUGACAGCAGCAGCAGCAGUUACUAUGGUAACCAGUUUGGCCUGAAGCGGACCCAGUCCCUGCGAAACCCUCUGGGUUUCCAACGACACACCCCUGAACUUCCGGCCUACCCUUUCGGAGGAGGAGAUUCCGAGCGCUCUGCGUUCCGAAGAGAUGACAUGUUCCGACAUACCAUAGACCCAGGAGGACUGAAUCUUGGGAAGUUUGCAGUGUCACAGCAGUUCAGGAUGCAGCAGGCCCACUCCAUGGUCUCCAGGCAGAUGGAGAUAAGCGCCAGUGACUAUAAGAGGCACAGCUACACAGAGGGAACCCAGGAGAGCUACUCCGCGUCCAGACAGUACAUGAGGCACAGAGUUAUGAACAACCUGGAUGAGACAGAGCAGCACUACCACAGGGAGCAGAGCCAGUCUAGCCACUACUACCAGGGUGGUGAGGGACCUGGGUUAGGACCUGGGACGGGGCUAGAAGGACCUGGCUCAGGCCAUGGACACUACGACAGGCUGAGGAACAGACCAGCACUGGACCAGUACUCUGACUCAGGCUACCCCUAUGAGGAACCUCCUGGUCCAGAGGGCUACGGCAGAGACUACUUCUCCUCUGAGGACCUGAAACAUGACCCGGGACAUCAACCAGCAGGGGGAAGGUACGGAGGUGGCAGUGGCCACAAGAGGCCGACGGUGGGCCAGCCCUAUGCCUGUCUGUCGUCCCCCACCCAUCCGCACCCCCCAGAGAAGCAGGUGUUCCCCGUCCCAGCGGAGACAGACCACGACCAGGACCCCAACGUCAGACAGGGCCUCCGCAGCUGGAGAAUCAACUCCUACCUCAGCGCCUACGGGGACACAGGAGAGGAGGGGCUGCUCCAACCUCUGGGCCCUGAUGCUUUCCAAGACCCUGAGUCUGAUGGGAAAUUGUACGCCCAUGAGGCAAGAGAGCCUCCGAAUGUCCCCUCCAAGCCUAGACUGGAUAUCCGACCGCUGCACUACAGCAAGCCCUUCAUGCCUGAGAGUAUGGGGAAGGACAGGGCUGACCGAUGGACCACCGAGUGGGAGAGAGAGAGAGAGAAAGAGCGGGCGGUGGGGGGGAGGGAGGUGGGGGCAGACGUGGAGUUGCCGUCGUCGAGGGAGGCUCCGGGGGAAGUCUCGAUCUCCAAACACGAGACGGUCCGGAUGCGGGUCAACCCGAUGCUCCAGAGGAGUUCCCGGCUGCGCUCCUCCCUCAUCUUUUCCUCCUCCAAGACGGAGACCCACAUGGGAGGCCUGGGCAUGAAGGUGGCCAACGAGGAGGACGAGAAUUCCGACUCGCUCCGCACCACCUCCAUCGUCCAACAGAUCCUGGAGAAGCGACGCUCUUUGACCCGGGAACCCUUUGAGUGGAGGAAGAAGGCAGAGGAGAACGAGAGAGAGAAGGAGAAAGAAGAGAAGGAGAAAGAGAAAGAAAAGAAAGAGGCUUGGUUGAAAGAGGAGGCUGAGCCAAAGAAAGAGCCCCCCAAAGUAACCUCAGCCAGCAGAGAGGUGUCUAAGAACCCCCUGGCUGAGGUGGAGACCACAAAAGACACCCCAGCAUCUGCAGAUCUCCCCAAACCCCAGUCAUUUAACAUGAACAACCCUUCCAAUAGACUGCAGUACUUCAUGGAGCUGGCUGCUAAGAGGAACGCAUCUAAAGAGGCUGUGAUAAAAGAACCUCCUCAGAAGAAACCAGGCCUUCCAGACACUCCUUCUUCCAGCACGACCGCCAUCACCUCGGUCCCCAAAGUCCCCUCAUUUUUCGUGACUGCUCCAGAGCCUGCCCCAAAGAAACCACAAGUCGCAGCCACACCAGAGCUAAAAUGUAAACCUCAAACCUCAAGUUUCAAAAUCUCAGAGCCUGCCGCUUCUACCACAGCACAGAGAAAAGACAGCAGCUCGGAGUCACAGAGGAAAGAGCCCGGUAAGAUUCUAAAGCCAUUCCCUUCUCCGAAGAUCUUCAAGAGGGACACUCUGAAGCCGUUCAAGAGCUCCAACCCACGCCACGUCUCCUGUGAUGAGGAAAUGCUAACAACGGACGCCACAGACGCGGAGAAAAGCGAGCUGAAGAAGUCUCGCUCCAAAAGCUCGUCCAGUAUGUCACAGACUGAGUCUAAGGAGGGGCUCCACAAGAACCUGGGCUCCAACACCUCCCUCAACACCCUGGGAGGGGAGGGAAAGGCUGACACUAAGCCUCUAGACUUCCUCAAGAAGCAGACCCAAAGACUCAAAGGUUUCCUGGGACCCAAGGACAAGAAGAGCUCCGGUGGUGCGACAUCGGCAUCCAACGGAGACGAAAAGACCAUGAGAACUGUGCCCGAAACCUCAGAGGAGCCUGUGAUCGGCGCUAAAAACCUGAGCUCCACCGCCGAUGCUAAAGCCACAGACUAUGUCACCUCUGCAGCCAAUCACAAAGCUGCGUCCAAAACGACAGGUCUGUCUCGGUACCAGAGCUCCAGUGGCUCAGUUCUGUUCAGUAGCAACCUGAGAGACGACACCAAGGUCAUCCUGGAACAGAUCUCUGCCAACAGCCAGAAGAACCGUCUGGAGCGAGGAGGAGGAGAGGAGGCUGGAGGGGAGAAGGAUGUAGACGUAGCAGGGGAGAAAGGAGGGCUGGAGAGGGAGCCAACGCUUAAAAAGAACCGCUUCCAGAGGCCCCAGGCCAACCCUCAGGAGAGAGAUAGCCUCCUGAAGAGGAUCGAGAGCAUGAGGAAGGACAAGAAGGUCUACAGCCGCUUUGAGAUGGGGAAUAACCUGGGAUAACUAAAGAUGGCUGAGGAACAUAUUGACUGGAAGCUGAGUGUGUGUGUGGAGGACGUGCAAACACACACCAACAUGCACACACACAUCGUUCACAUUCAGCAAUAUAUGUGCCAAACACAUCAUCAGAAGACCAGAGAGAGAGGGAGAAUACACUGAACACAAGAACAGCAGAUACCUCCUGUGACUUCAGACUGCAGGCUUCGCGGAUGAUCAGACGAUACUGUACUAAACCUUUAAAAGACUGACUAUGAAACAUGAGAUGAAACUGUACCCAUAUAAGGCAAGCGUUGUCUGGUUGGUUUUUGCCUUAUAUGGACUUCAUGGGACAACUUUUCACCGAUUCACCACAACCCUUCGUCCACGCCUAGAGUGAGAGAGAGUGUAUGUGUGAAAGAAAGUGUGUGUAGUGUGUGCAUGUUUUACUGCAAGAAAGCAACUGAACACAUGCCCAGCCAUCAAACAUGCCUGUACAGAACAGCACACUCCCUGUGCCAGUCGUAUGUAUGUGUGUGUGUGUGUGGAAACUGGUAAUGCUGAAAGUAUGUCUGGGUUUACACUGUGCCAACGGAGCGCCACGUCUCGUCAAACCCAGAGAACUAUUAUUAACCAGUCUCCACACUAAAGACAGCAGAGAGGGAGAGAGAUGGGGAGAGAGAGAAAAUGAUAGAGGGAGAGAGGAAAAAUACAGAUUAACCCAGCUAGCACAUUUGGUUCCUUGGAAGUUGUGGGAAUGUAUGUUUUUUGUUUUCCAUUGGUUCUCGGAACAAAGCUAUACGUUUCCUGACUGGUAAAACUGAACAUCUUUUAAACAUUCUGAGAACGGAAGUGAACAUUUUGCCUGUUCUGAGAACAUUUUUAAGUGGCAGGGAGGUUCUGAGAACGUUUUACUGUGGUUCCCUGAAGGUUUUUAAGUUGCAGGGAGGUUCUGAGAACAUUUUACUGUGGUUCCCGGAAGGUUUUCUUGCGAGAUUUUAUUAAUGUUUUGCGAACGGAAAUUAUUAAUUAUUUGAAGGUAAUUAAAUAACGUUCUGAGAACAUGUUUCAAUCAUGCAAACGCAUGUAUUGUUUAUUGUGCUAUGGCGUCAGUGAGAUUCAAACCUAUGAUCUUAUGUUCUCUAGCCAUGAGGUUUAAAAUACUUUUGUUGAUGCUGAAUGUAUACGUUUUUAAAUAUCAUUCUUAGAAUGAUCUUUGAAAGCGAUUAAUGUUUUCUUGUGUUUUUUAUGGAAAGUUUUCUUAAUGUUCUUAGAGCAUGACUUUAAAUAUAACAAUGAGGAAACCUGCAAAAAACGUUAUGCUGAGGUACUGAAAUUCCCACAGAAGAUUGUUGUUUCUUAAUGUUCUCUGAACAUUCUGAAAACAUUACUUUAAAUAGAACCAUGAGGAAACCUGCAGAAAACUUUACACUUAAGCACUGGAAUUCCACCUAAGAAACAUAUUGUUCUCAGAACCUUAUGUGCUAGCUGGGUAUCCUGCACCAUUCCAAGAACUUUGUUUGAAGGUUGAAUGCAAAAUAACCAUAGUACAACCACACUCUCACCAAGCUCUAAGAAACAUAUUGUUCUCAGAAUUGUAUGUGCUAGCUGGGAAAGGAGAUGGAAAGAGAUGGACCAACAGGGUAAGAUAAUUAGAUACUGGGUAUAUGGCUUGCAGGUCUUUACAAUUUUGUAUUUAUUAAUUAAAUCACCAGUACCUUAGAAGACAAGUUGAGAUUGAGACUGCUUCGUUGCAGCCCUGUGUGGAUGCAGGUACCUGGAAAACGUAGUGAGUUGGAUAGGGUCUGAGUGAUAUUUCCACCACAAAACCUUCACCUAUCCGGUCAAGUCAGGUCAGACAUCUUUGAUGAAGAAACGUAGGGAAGAAGGAAGGAAGGAUGCAUUUCUAAAAUGUUGUAUUUUAUACAAGAGUAUAAAAACUUUCACCCUUGAGUCUGUCAGUUUGUCUCUGUCCACUACACCAGAAGUGGAAAGAACAUUUCCAAGUACAUGAACACACUCUGUAAAAAUACUUAGUGAGGGAAUAGGAGUUAUGAAUAAUUAAUUAAUGCCAGUGUUGUGUUCGAGACCACCUAAAGCGUGACUGUUUCAAGAUUUAGACCGUAGCAAAUUGAGUCCUUCUCAAGAUCGAGAAGUUUAUUUAACUAGGCAAGUCAGUUAAGAAAAAAAUCUUAUUUACAAUGACGGCCCACCCCGGGCCAAACCCGGACGACGCUGGGUCAAUUGUGUGCCGUACUACGGGACUCCCAAUCAUGGCCGGAUGUGAUACAGCCUGGAUUCAUACCAGGGACUGUGGUCAUGCCUCUUGCACUGAGAUGCAGUACCUUAGACCGCUGCGCCACUCGGAAGCCAAGAUCAAGACCAGGAGGGAGACAAGGGGUUCCGAGACAAAGUCAAGACCAUGAUAGUAAUUUUGUCAAAUCAUCUCUAGCUGUGUAUAGUCACAGAAAAAACGAUAUGAGGGGGAAAGUCUGUCACUCACCCACUCCAUGACAUCCUCCUAGCAGCUAGCUAACGUUAGGCUCCAUAUUUUUUAGCUUGAUACGCUAGCCUAUAGCCACGUUAUGACUGACUAGUUAGAUUCUAUUGACAUUCUUAGUCUUCAAAUCAAAUUUAUUUAUAUAGCCCUUCGUACAUCAGCUGAUAUCUCAAAGUGCUGUACAGAAACCCAGCCUAAAACCCCAAACAGCAAGCAAUGCAGGUGUAGAAGCACGGUGGUUAGGAAAAACUCCCUAGAAAGGCCAAAACCUAGGAAGAAACCUAGAGAGGAACCAGUCUAUGUGGGGUGGUCUUAGUUACAUUUGUCAGUUCUUGUCCAGAAUAUUGAGUCAUUGAAACUGAAACGUUGCAUCCCGAAUGGAGGCAGCAAACAAUGUACCAGGCCAGCUGUGAUUUACAACCUGAUAGCAAUAUUUUUUGAACUACCAAGAAAUGUUUUGGUGAAUUACAUUAAUCAUGCAUUGAACUGCAUCAUGGAACGUUGAGUCAAAUUUAACCUAUUUUUAAAACCUUUUAUAAAGUUGGUUUUGUAGCAUCAAGUGGGAAUUGUAUAUGUUUUACUGAUAUUAUGAUUGUCUGUUUGUAGUUGAAGCUAGUGAUGCACCGGUAUGACAUUUUUGGCCAUACCGAUAUCUAAUAUCUUUCUUGCCAAAAAACUUGAUACCGAUAACUAAUAUUUAACAUUUUAGCCGCUUUUUAAGCAUUCUAGUACAGUUAAAUAGUUAACACACACUCACAUGGACGCGGCAAGAGGCGUCACUACAGUCCCUGGUUCGAUUCCAGGCUGUAUCACAUCCGGCCGUAAUUGGGAAUCCCAUAGGGCGGCGCACAAUUGGCCCAGCGUCGUCCGGGCCGCCAUUGUAAAAAAAUAUUUGACUUGCCUAGUUAAAUAAAGGUUACAGACUCACACACACACACACACACACACACACACACACACACACACACACACACACACCACUGACCAAAAAGUUAUUCUGUUGGCAUUUACGUAUGUCCCCAUUACCAGUAAAACAUCAUCAAAAACGAUUUAUUUAACUUACUUUCUGUGCUGUGCUGUUUCGUUGUUCAUUUGUUCAGUCAUUUCACUCUCAACCAGGAUUUCUAUGGAACACGUUUGGGUCUUUGCGUGUCAAAAAAGAUACACGUCAAAUAACAGUAUUUGAUGUGUCAAAUAAGCUUGUUUACCAAUCAGGACCUGAAUGUGACUGCACAUCACAUAAUAAUUGAACGCAUUCAUAAUGUUUUUACGUAGUUAUUACACUAUCACUCGUAUUUCAUAUGUCACAAUGAUUAAUCGAUACGUAUGCUAUGAUGCUGGUAAAGUUGUCUCGCGCACCAACAGUGCUGGUUAUAAAAAAAGCUAGCUAGCUCAUGGAUGCAAUUUUUAUUAUUUCAGUAGUUAUAAUUAGCUAACUAACUAUAGAGCUAGGUGUCAUCAUCUCAAAUAACCCUAAUUUAUAAGACAGUUCUUAUAGCUAAAGCUAGCUACCCCAGAAGGUCAAACAAAUUAACGUUAUGCUUUAUUACCAACGCGGUAUUGUAAACACAUUGUUCAUGGCCGGUGUACUUUUUGUACAGCUUUGACAAUGCCACUGUAUAUUUUUUUGACACGCAAAGACCCAAACGGUGUUCCAUAGUAUGUAUGUCGUGAAGCUAAGAGCAGUGACGCUAUUACUGUGUAACUCCGGUAGGGCAACAUCUGAAAAAUAACAUAAGAACAGCCCUUAGCCGUGGUAUAUUGGCCAUAUACACACCCACUCGAGCCUUAAAGCUUAAGUAGAAGCAAUGCCCACUAAAACAAAAGUGGGUAUAUGGCUUAUACCUGCGUAUACCCGCAACUAGACCACUGGCCCUUUGUGUUUUACAAAAAGUGUACUCUCCUACAUUAGUGCGCUGGUAUUACGAUUCGAACCUGUCACAUACUGAAGACCUAUAGGUUCACCACUGCACUAACCUGUCACAUACUGAAGACCUAUAGGUUCACCACUGUACUAACCUGUCACACACUGAAGACCUAUAGGUUCACCACUGUACUAACCUGUCACACACUGAAGAUCUAUAGGUUCACCACUGUACUAACCUGUCACAUACUGAAGACCUAUAGGUUCCCACUGUACUAACCUGUCACAUACACCUAUAGGUCCACCACUGUACUAACCUGUCACAUACUGAAGACCUAUAGGUUCACCACUGUACUAACCUGUCACACACUGAAGACCUAUAGGUUCACCACUGUACUAACCUGUCACACACUGAAGACCUAUAGGUUCACCACUGUACUAACCUGUCACACACUGAAGAUCUAUAGGUUCACCACUGUACUAACCUGUCACAUACUGAAUAUCUAUAGGUUCACCACUGUACUAACCUGUCACAUACAGAAGACCUAUAGGUUCACCACUGUACUAACCUGUCACACACUGAAGAUCUAUAGGUUCACCACUGUACUAACCUGUCACAUACUGAAGAUCUAUAGGUUCACCACUGUACUAACCUGUUAAAUUCUGAAGAUCUAUAGGUUCACCACUGUACUAACCUGUUAAAUUCUGAAGAUCUAUAGGUUCACCAUUGCGCACCAUGUCUAUAACAGGUAUAAAGGCUGUUAAGAUACUGUAUCAAUGGUUCAAGAAAGGAGUGUUGUAUAUAUUUGACCUGGCUAAGUGGUUUUAUGCCCUGACUGAAUGGGAGCUGAUAAUUAUUCAUUUUUUGACUCUGCUGGUCUCGGGAAGACAUUUUGAUACCUCACUGUCUGAGACAGAGUCAAGAGGGAGUACAAGACAAGACCGAGACACUCAAUAUGUGGUCUCGAGAAUGGACUCGAGGAACAUUCACUAUCUUCUUGGUAAGCAACUCCAGUGUAGAUUUGACCUUCGGUUUUAGGUUAUUGUCCUGCUGAAAGGUGAAUUAAUCUCUCAGUGUCUGGUGGCAAGCAGACACUGCGAGAUGGUCACGAGUUCUACAACACCGAUAAGGGAUAUAUUAGUGUAAAUACUGGUAUAGAUAAAAAGGGUUUGUUGUUGAUACUGUAACAAGUGACAAAUGAUAGCCUAUCACCAGGCUGUUAAAUAACGUGUUGUGUCAUUUUUAUUAACAUAAUUAAUGACUGUAGUAAGACAAUCAGAAUAUCAGAAUUAAAGGGAUUUUGCACAGUAGGGAAAUGUUUUCUUUUACAACUCUAUUGUAUUUUAUGAUGUCAUGUUUAACAAAAAAACAUAUUGUAAUAAAGUCUUAAUGUGGCUAAAGCUGA